UUCGCUUGUUGCACCCCAACUACCACCUUGUCCUCUCGGUCUACUCUAUUCUUGUUUUAAUUAUCGCGCUAGUCGCCUUUACGCCCUUUUGCCCAUCAAAGUCAAGCCACGCCGUCUACUUCUCAAAACAAGAUGUCUUCCGCAACUCGUCGUCUUUUACUCGCCUUCUACGCCAUCGCGCUGGCCGCUCUUUUUCUCGUUGGAACACCCCUUGCCGUCCUGCCUGCUGCCGCUUCGCCUCUACCCCUACCGCUUGUGACCUACUUCGCGCGCGAAUAUCCUUCGGACUAUUCCCUCAACGCUAAGCCUCGGACUACGCCCGUCAAGUAUGCGUUCUCCAGCGCCUCUGAAUCAGAUGUCUUCUCCGCCAAUGAGACCUCCGUAGACCGACGCGAUAUCAACACAACCCUUGGCAACAUUAACAUUCUCAAUAACUACUGGACACAAAUGACUCAACAUGCUGACAAUUUCCGAUCAUUGUCUGCUCGACGACCCUCUCGGAAUGAGGAUAUCACUGAGUUCUCGCAACAAAGCUCUACCGAAGUCACUGGAUUCCAGGAUAAUCUCUCGGGCUUCAGCGGUAUCCUUGGUGAACUAGCUGCUGACAAGGGAUUGGCCAACUACAAUGAAAACGACGCAUUAGAGAUUCUUCUGAAGAAGACUGUGAAUGCGAACAAGGACUUGUUGAAGUCUAUCGAUGAGGGCGUGUAUCAGAUUCCAGGAUUGGGAUCGACACUAGGACCUAUCGUUUAUGAAAUCAAAUGCAUCCUUGACGAAAUACUCGAUGCUGUUGAAAACCUGUCGGAUGCCGUCCUGAAUGAUCUUCAACUUGCCUCACUGUACCGCGGUCUCAUCGCUGACGCUUCAAAGACGGCGUGCAAUUCCGGUUUGCAGAUUAUUGGCCUGUGUAUCUUGCUAUGAGCCUUGAUGGACUAACGGACCAAUGGACUUGUGGCUUAUUGAAUUCUUACAUUUCCAAUUCCUUUGUAUGGCUGUUUACGAACGCUGGCAGGUCCGUGUAUUUGUAUCGAGUCUUCGCAUCGUUGUGUAUCCUCUAUUACAUCACUAUGUUCCGUUGUGUUCGCAGCUUUUGUAUCCAAUGCGUUCUCUAUUUCCCUUGACAUCGUACACUC